ACUGUUUCUGCCUUGUUUACAAUGGAUCUGAGUUACACACGCUCCUCGUUAUCAGUGUGACAACAAUGCAUCCACCAUGAGCAAACAAAUGGAAAUGUAUUACCAAUGACAACAAAAGUAAUCUUGCUUAUGUUAUAUUAUCUUCAAAUCAAUUUCGUCUUGUUUUAUAAGAUAAGAGGUUGGUUGUAACAUCGCUGUCGCCACUGAGGAGCCUAAAUGUUUUGUUUUUUUAAAAAAAUCGUCACUUGUUGAUCUGCUGUUUUUAGUCAAUUAUAAGUAUUAAAUCACAAAAUGGUAGUAGAAGUCGAGAGCUUCUUUGGCGUAUACAUGUUAUUUUGCACCAAUCCUAAAUUUAAAGGUCGCAUCUAUAUUGGAUUUACGGUCAACCCUGAGCGUCGCAUUGGACAGCACAAUGCUGGCCGACAUCGAGGGGGAGCCAAGAGGACGAGUGGGAAAGGGCCAUGGGAAAUGGUUCUGAUUAUUCAUGGUUUUCCUUCGGACAUUGCUGCUCUACGGUUUGAGUGGGCGUGGCAGCACCCGCACUCUUCGCGGCGGCUGACCCACGUGCCGCGGCGCGCCACGAAGGAGUCGAGCCUGCAGUUCCACUGGCGCGUGGUCUCCAGCAUGCUGCGCGUGCCCCCCUGGGACCGCCUGCCGCUGACCGCCCGCUGGCUCAAGCAGGAGUACCGCAUGGACUUUGAGCCCGGCCUCCAGCCGCCCCUCCACAUCCCGCUGGCGUUCGGCGCCGUCCGGGCCAAGAAGCAGCAGCAGCAGCCGUCGCAGUCUGAGGAAGAGGAAGAGGUGGCGAAGGACUCGUGUUUCCUGUGCAAACGUCCCGUCAAGGCCGCAGAACAACUGUCCUGCCUCCAACCUUCCUGUCCCAUGACCAGCCACAUGAUUUGCCUGGCCAAGCGUUUCCUGCACGCGGAGCCGUCCCACCUCCUCCCCGUGGAGGGCGAGUGUCCAUCCUGUCACCACUCUGUGCUCUGGGGCAGCCUGCUCCGCCAUCAAAAGGGUUGCCACGGAGACCUGGAAGAGGUCACCGCCGCCACUUCCUCAUCACAUGUAGGUGUGUGUGUGUGUGUGUGUGUGUGUGUGUGUGUGUGUGUGUGUGUGUGUGUGUGUGACAAUAAACAUAUUUGAAACUAACAAGGAUAAAGUGCAAAAGACGAGGACACUUGUCAAGUCCAUAAUAUUGCAGACACAAACAAAUAAAAACGUGGCGUUGCAUUAAGUGAGUUUAACUUGCUAAGUCUUGUCUUCUGGUCUUCCACAGAGCCACUGGGCAGACCAACUCCAGAUCUGACCAAACGAAGCAUGUAAAUAAUGCAAUCAUGACAAGACAUGUCAAGUUAAGUCAAGUUACAGGAUACACAUUUGUUUUGUUUACUGUAUUAGAAUAUUCCAUAUACUUGGUGGUAAUAGAUGAGAAAUAGAGUUGAAAGGGAGUUUCUUACCAGACAAACAAAUCUGAAAAGGAAGAAAAGUCCUAAGGUUACGGCUAAUUAGUAAAUUCACAACCCCUAAUCGUUAGCAAAGGGUUCUACUUAAGGUUUACACACAAAGAAGCAAAGCAUUGCGUUAUCUUACCUGCCAUGAUAACGGUCCUUCGUUCCCGUUAUUCGUUCCCGUUAGUCCCCGAAUCCUAUCUGAGCGCAGCCCCGCCCCUUUGGUAUGGAAUGGGGAUUGACGAUUGACACAUCUGCUCGCCUCUCUUACUUCCUGUCUUCGAUAUUACAUUGAAAGCAACUUUUUGAUAACAUAAGAUAGAUAAAAACACUUUUAAGUUUUGAUUUCAGAAAUAUAGUGCCUCAGUGUGUGCAUUUUUCAGAGGGACACGCAAUCAGACUGAAUACUUUUAUUACAAAGUUUUGCCACGGAGACCGGGAAGAGGUCACUGCUGCCACUUCCUCAUCUCAUGUAGUGUGUGUGUGUGUGUGUGUGUGUGUGUGUGUGUGUGUGUGUGUGUGUGUGUGUGUGUGUGUGUGUGUGUGUGUGUGUGUGUGUGUGUGUGUGUGUGUGUGUGUGUGUGUGUGUGUGUGUGUGUGUGUGUGUUUUAACUACUGAACAAAAUUAACAAACAUACACCUAUUUGACACUAGCUAAAGUGAUAAAGGACACUCAAGUCAAGUCCAUGAUAUUGCAGCAGCAAUAAAACAAGCAACUGAUAUCAUUGAUGUUUUUGUAAGACUUAUCUUCUGGUCUUCCACAAAGUCACUGGGCAGACCAACUCCAGAUCUGACCGUACGAAGCAUGUAAAUAAUGCAAUCAUGACAAGACCGUUGAAACUUCCAUUCAAACUGAGAUCAAUGUUAAUAUUACAAAUCAUUGUAUUUAUCUAUUUAUUUUAUCUGUGUUUAAUCUGUGUGUUACUUUAUCGGAAAACAUUUUUCAAUAGAGGAUUAUAACAGGAUUGAGCAGAAGGCAAUAUAAAGUAGCUUGUAACAAAGGAAAGCAGGGUAAGGAACUUUGAAAUAUAUUUUUUUUAUAAAAAAAUGCACAUGUCAAGUUAACAUUUUUUUUAUUUUUUUUAACAAGUUGCAAGAUACACAAUUGCUUUGUAUACUGUAUUAGAAUACUCAUAUACUUGGUGUUAAUAGGACUAGGAGGGGAUGCUGAGUACUUUCGCACUUAAAAUCUCGCCUUCAGCGGCUUGAAGCAAAGUUGCUGAUAUGUUUUGGGAGUGUACUGAACACUUUGCAGUCUCAUUUGAACACAAAAUCACCACACGUUAUCUUGCAUAAAAAAAUGAAAUAAAGACCUAUCUGUUAAAGAGUGUAUUCUAUUCAAUGGUAAAAAAAAAUA